GGCGGGUCUUCUCACAAAUCUUAACAAAAUGGCGACUGUUGUUGUUUUGCCGCAGGGUCGGUAAAUAAAUUCUUUGAACGUAUUGGAUAUUUUCUACAUUAUUUUGUGGAAGGAGUGCAGGAAAAAGCCAGUUACCACAAAGAGUUUACUCUUCGUGGGCUGCAAUGAAAGGAAAGGAGCGGUCGCCGAUUAAAAAACGGUCCCGGGCCUUGGACGACAUUCGAGAGAGGGGAGGAUGCCACCCGACCAGCAAGAAAAUGGGGGCUCUCUCCGUUUCCAGUGGGAGUAAUAAUGGAAACAGUUCGUCCAAAAGCGACAGCGGCUCAACGAGACGGAGCUUGUUGGGUGAGAAAAGGGACAGAGAUUUUGAGGGCCAUAGUCGGACUGGAAAUAAUCACAGCUGUCAGUCUGCUGCUUCCAGCUCCGUGGGUAAAAACCACAACCUGAGCCUGUCGCUAGACCUAGCCUCCCCGCGAGCCUCUUCGCGCGCGGAGCAGCGUGUUCCGCCGCCCAGCACCGAGAGUGAGUACAAAACACUCAAAAUCAGCGACCUUGGGAAUCAGCUGAGCGAGGAGGAUAUAGAAGAUGGGCUUUUUCAUGAAUUCAAAAAGUUUGGCGACGUGAGCGUCAAAAUUAGUCGCAGCAACGACGAACGGAUUGCUUUCGUUAACUUCAGGAAGCCGGAGGACGCCAGGGCUGCUAAACACGCCAGAGGCCGGCUCGUGCUCUACGACCGGCCGCUGAAGAUCGAGGCCGUUUACACGAGCAGGAGGAGAAGCCGCUCCCCCGUGGAGAGGGACUUGUACAGCGCAGCACAAAGUCACAGACACUUGCAGAGACCCCUGUCGCCCACCGGCCUGGGUUACAGAGACUACCGGCUGCAGCAGCUGGCUUUGGGACGGCUCCCUCCUCCCCCUCCGCCCCCUCUGCCCAGAGAACUGGACCGGGACAGAGAGUUCGCCCUGUUUGAAGCCAGGGCACGUCCAGCUUUCCUUGCAGAGCGAGCAGCUUUUCGUGAAGAGGAUUUAAUAUCUCCGGAAGACGACCAAAGAGCAAACAGGACUUUGUUUUUAGGCAACUUGGACAUAAACAUUGCAGAAGCAGACCUCAGGCGGGCUUUCGACAGGUUUGGAGUCAUAACAGAGGUGGACAUCAAGAGACCAUCACGAGGACAGACCAGCACAUAUGGAUUUCUUAAGUUUGAGAACCUUGACAUGGCUCAUCGUGCUAAGCUUAGCAUGUCUGGAAAAAUAGUGGGUCGCAACCCUAUAAAAAUCGGUUACGGAAAAGCAACACCCACGACCCGUUUGUGGGUCGGUGGACUUGGACCGUGGGUUCCUUUAGCUGCCCUGGCCAGAGAAUUUGAUCGCUUUGGCACUAUAAGGACCAUUGACUACAGAAAAGGUGACACUUGGGCCUACAUCCAGUAUGAAAGUUUAGAUGCUGCUCAAGCAGCAUGGACACACAUGAGAGGCUUUCCGCUGGGAGGCCCAGAGAGAAGACUUCGGGUGGAUUUCGCAGACACUGAGCACCGGUACCAGCAGCAGUUCUUGCAGCCUCUCCCUAUUCCACCGUUUGACAUGGUGGCUGACUCGUUUGUCCACCGCGCCACGCCUGAACCUCUGAGAGUCAGAGAUCGGACUCCACCUCCACUUCACUUCAGGGACAGAGAACUCUUUCCAGCAACGGAGUGGCCCAACCCGGCCAUUCGUGAGCGGGUCCGGGGAUCCCCCUUUGAGCCUCUGGAACAUUUGGAACGCGACCGGAGAACUCGAGAGCCUUGGUCUUUGGAGCGUGAGCUGCAAGGGCGAGAACCAGGACGUAAGAGACGCUUAUUGGAGGAUGGCCGUCACCUAGAUCACUCUCCUGACAGCACUGAGAGGACAGUGAGACGUAGACGUUCUUCUCCAGAUGGCAGUCCUGGGGGCAGCAGCAGAGACGGAGGACGUUUCAGUGACUCUGAGCAUCCUGUGCACAGUGAAACGGCCUCACCAGCCAGAGAACAUGUCAUUAGCCUUGAAAGAGGUGGGGCGGAUCGAAGGGUUAAAAGCCAGAGUCUUUCUGAGAAAGGACUCUCAUCUGCUGGUGAGCGGAAACGCAAAGCGGGCGACAGUGGCAAAGUGCCUGCCAAGAGAGAACGCUCUGAAAGCAGCUCUAAAGGAGCCCAGCAAUCCAAACCUGAUGGCACCAAACUCAUUGUGGCAUGGCGCGGAAUGCUGCUCCUGAAGAACAGCAACUUUCCAGCCAGCAUGCAUCUCCUAGAAGGUGACUACGGCGUCGCCAGCGACCUGCUCAUCGACGGCUCAACCGGAAGGCAGGUGAGCGAGCUAAAGAUCACGCAGCGUCUCCGUCUGGACCAGCCAAAGCUUGAUGAGGUGUCUCGGCGCAUCAAAGUCGCCGGUCCAGGCGGCUACGCCAUCCUGUUGGCAGUUCCUGGAAGCACAGAGGACUCCUCUUCAUCUGAUCCUAUGGCCUCAACCCAGCGGCCCCUUCGCAACCUGGUGUCCUACCUCAACCAAAAACAAGCAGCUGGGGUCAUCAGUCUGCCUGUGGGAGGGAGCAGAGAUAAAGACAACACAGGGGUUCUUCAUGCUUUCCCCCCCUGUGAUUUCUCUCAGCAAUUCCUGGAUUCCUCUGCAAAAGCUCUGGCAAAAAGCGAAGAAGACUAUCUGGUCAUGAUUGUGGUUCGUGGAGCAUCUUAAAAAAAAAAAAAGAGAAAAAGUCACAAUGCACUAUGUUCAAGUGGAAUAUAAGAAAAAACAAGUCUGCUGUUUGUCAGUAAUUAUUGCAUGCUGUGUUCUGCAUUGUGGGGUACACUAGUAUGGUUCUUGAGUGUUUGUAAGGUGCCAUGUAAUUCACUAAAAAGACAUAUGGUGCCCUGCAACCAAACUAAAAGGUUCAUCUUAAAAAUAUCAAGUGAGUAUUUGAAUUUGAUCAGUCACAAAUGCUUCAUUACAAAUUGAUGAUUUGGGGAUUUAUUAGUUAAAAUUCAGAUGUUCUGCAAGAAUGAAAAACCUCAGAGUAUUUACACAAUAACUCGGUGAUAAAAGAAGCCCAACAUAUAAAAAUGACUUUAUUUAAUUUUUGCUUUUAGAUCAUUUUUUUUCUGAUCCACUAUGUUGCAUUACCUCAGCCUGUGCUGAUGGUGUUAUUGUUGGUAUUCUGAAAAAAACAGCAAACCCCCCCUUACCUUCACCUAAAGUGCAGUGAAUUGUCAGCUCUUUCUGCUUUGAGUAAAUUGUGAACUCAAGAUACUUGAGGAAAUGGAAAUAAAUGGUUCUAUUAACUGUUAUAGAAUGGCAGUAACAAAUAUUUUUGUUGUAAAGGGAGAACAGAUAUUCCAAUAAGGUUAAAACACAUCACACAACUCUUCAAUGGAACUACAUCCGAUAACUUAGCCGUGUUCUUUAGUUAAAAUAACACCAUUUCCGUUAAAAGUUUCAAAGAAAAAAUGAGUUGUGCUCUGUGUUUGACCUCGGUUCCACAGUAGUUAAUUGAAGGUCACCAUUUGGUUAGAGUCCAUGUAUUUCAGCUGCAGUUUUGUGAACUUUUGCUGGGGGAGGGGUCAGGUUUUAUUGAAUCAAGUUCCUGAAAUUUUUUGUUUUUUUUUUGCCGAAAUGUAGCAUAACUUGGGGAUGCUAAUAUCUGUGUGUGGAUAGCUGAACACUAACGUUUAAGCGGUGUUCCUGCCCAGGGAACAGCCCAUAAUAUGCAAAACGAAUGAAUGCAAAUACUUACAUUGCAAUUUUAGAAUUUUAUUCGUUUUAAAGCUUUUUUUUUAAUUUAGUGCCCCCUUUUUUCCUCCACACAUGGAUGCUUGCAGAGUGAAUAAGUUAAAGUACAGUUGAGCAGAAAAGCUGGAAGGUUUGGUGAUUUGUGACAGUCCAAGACAUUUACUUCCUGUAGACCCACAACAAUCAAAAUCCGUAACAUGCUGUUAUAGCGGGAGAAACCUGCUAUUUUUUUUUUUUUUUUUACAGCAAGUAGAUCCGUGCAGUUUUAUGGUUUUAGAUGUACAUUAGCAGUAAAUGUAAAAUUUUAGAGCUCUUUAAGUAUUUCUACUUAUGCUUGCCAAUAUUUCCCCAAAGUCUGCUGACCCUAUGAGCUCCAGUAUGUUUGUCAUGCAGUAGUUAUUGUGUAAAUGAUAAUUUGCUGACUUUGGUUUCAUAUGUACUGAAAACAAUGUGUGGCAGACUUGUAGUACAUGUGACCAGCAGACCCGCUUAAGGGUUGGACUCCCGUCAAACGAGCUGCAAGACUCUGCAGAAAGAAGCGGCGCCCUAGUGUUUGUGAGUCCUCGCUGACGAGGCAGCUUUUAAGUUGUGUAGCCCAUCUGCACCUGUGAUGACUUCUGUUUUAAAUGGAAAAUUGAGCAAUGUACGCUGUGUCGUGGAAAAGGAUGAUCCGUUGUGCCCAUGCCAAGCUAUUGACAUACCUGCAAGUGCGUUUGGGCCCUAAAUGUGACAGAUUAUCAAUAAAUUGUUCAUUUGAAGGGAAA